GCGUUCGACAUAACUGAGAGUUUUCUCUAGAUCUUGCUUUAGAUUGCGAGAUGAUGAAAACAUUUAUCUGUCUUCUGAUAUAUUAUCUUUUGAUGGUGAAUGCAUGCAUUCAGUCAACUAUCUGCUCGAAUCUCUUUUCAAAAGAAAACGUUUUCACCAAUAAAAUACUAAGUGAUGGCUAUAGCGAGGACCUUAUGACGAGUUCUAUAGGGAUGUGUGCCUUACAAUGUGGGACGGACUGUUGGUGUUUUGGAUACCAGGCUGUCACCUCCACCUGUCGGACCCUGCGAUCUUGUCACGAUAAGAAUAGUGUUGGACCUGAAGAUGGCUGGGUGUACUACAAACCAACAGAUUGUGAUGAAGGAUGGACAAAGUACAAUGGACAUUGCUACAUCCGGAACACAACAGCCCUGUCUCAAUCAGAAGCAAUGAGCGCAUGUCAACAAUUUGGAGCCUAUCUCCUUGAAAUCAAUGAUGUGAAGGAAAACCACUGGGUCACAUACACGCUGCUGAAAGAUGUCUACUGCAGUAACGAGUACUUGUGUACGACUUGGACCGGCGGGAACGACAUCGAGACAGAGGGCGUGUUUGUGUGGGGGUACUCGGGAACCCCCGUCACCUUCACUAACUGGGACGCCUGGAAUCCGGACGAUUGGACGAAUCCAUCAGUAGAAAUAGACUGUGUGGAGAUGUUCUAUACAGGCCAGUGGAAUGAUAAACCAUGCGACUCUGCAACAAGUUUUAUCUGUGAAAAAUAGCCCAUUCAUUUCAAAGUUCAUAUAGCUCUUUUUUCAUGUUAAUAGUAUUCCAUCCCUCUCAGAAAGUUUGUUUGUAAAAUUCGAGUUAGAGAUUUGCUCAGAAACAGUAAAAAUAGCAAAAUUUAUACAUAAACAAUUAUGUGUAUGUCAUCCUUCAAAUUCGUGUUGUGUCCUUUUCCAUGAUAUAGAUUGAUUUACCCGGUAGAGUUGUUACUUAAUUAAAGGAUUUUCAACGAUAAUGGUUUGAUGUUGACAGUUAUUUUUACGAGGGCGGCACGCAAUUCAACAAGACAGUUAACAGAAAGUUGAUAUAAAAUUUGUGAGAAAAAAGUAAAACAGAAUUUGGCCCACCAUAUGGCACACCAAAACAAGAGUGUAUUAAAAUUUCACCCAUCUGGUAUGAAUAGUUGCUGAGAAAUCUUAUAGACGAAUAUUUGUUCGAAAAUUUAGGCAAAAACAAAAAACUAAAGUUCUUAUUCAACUGAGCGUUGACGUCUGAUUCGUUCAAAAAUGAAUCUUAUCGUUUGGCAUACAUAUAUGUAAAGAAUGUGUGAAAAAAAUCCAAGUUUCUGCAAUGAAUAGUUCCUGUGAAAUCUCUGACAAUUUGUUUGAAAAUGAAAUCAAAAAAAUAAACAAAGGG